AUGCCGGCGGAAGAACAACCACUUUCCACCCAACUCGUCCAACGCCUCUUGACGGAGAACUUUGAGGAAAAAAAGACCAGAAUAUCCCAGCCGGCGUUGAACGUGGUAAGGGAGUAUACCAAGAUAUUCGUACGCGAGGCGAUCUGGCGCGCCGCUGCUAUUAGGAAGGAGGAAGGUAAUGAGGGCGGGUUGAAGAAUAUGAGCGCUUUUCUGGAGGUACCAAUGAGAAGUUUUUUCUUUUCUUUUCUUUCCCCCACCGUCCUCCAAAGUCAGGGUAAUGGCUAAUACAAUGGGGGAAAUUACCAGGUGGAGGAUUUGGAGAAAUUGGCGCCGCAAUUGCUGUUGGAUUUCUAGAGGCACAUGUCAGAGACGGAAUUUUCCUGAAGGGUUAAGGGCACGGGGAGGGUAGCGUGGGGUGUAUGAGCUUCUAGGGUAUGGGUGGUAUGGGGAUUGCAGCGUUUUGUUUCCUGUAGAUAGGGAUUGCCGACACCGGUCCCGCAUCUGGCUGGCUUUUGGGUCGGGUAUUGCAGCAACGCUGUGCUCGAGUACAAGCAGCAGCGGGCUGUAUAUUAAGUACCUGGUCCUUGCAAUGAAUCCCUACUCGACGCACAGUACUCGCACAGUACCGGGAUUCGAUAUUGAAAUUUCCGCCCUAUUUCGUGCAUCAGCGGUCAGGCAUGUUCUGGAAGGUUUGGGAUAUAUUGUUCCUAAACGGAACGUGGGCGUUUGGUCUGGCUGAUCACCGAGGUCUGGGGGGCGGGGCUCUAGGGAGGGUUUGGAAUAUAUUAUUCCUAAAAAGAACGUGAUCUAGCUGAUCCUCGGGAAUCCGGUGCGGGAGACUCUCGAUAUAAGAUAAGUCCUCACAUAAGUAUAUGGGGGCAAGAGCUCGAUACGAGGGAUCGAGACAUCGCCCCCGAAUCACUACACCGACCAAAAUCCUUUUCGAUUAGAGUAUGUUACCGCUACCACGUAAGAAAGGAAGUU